AUGGCCAUCACUCGAAAGCAGGAGCGCGAGGGUUCGUACCGACCUGAAAGUUCAUGGCGUAUGGUGGAGGGCAGCGAGACGGGCAGCUUUGCCUACGACGAAGAGAUUGUUCCCUCCAACAGCGACCCUUCCAACUCGUUUGAUUCACAGCCUGUCAGCAUUGGAGCCUCGCAGCCAUGGAGCAUUGGUGGCUCGCAGGACGAGAGCAUCGAGACAUAUCUCAGCAAAGCCGAGAACGAUGAGCAAUUUAUCCUCAAGUCGCCCUUUCGCCCGUCGGUGCCACAAUCUGUGAGGCAUUCCUCGAAGGAACAACACCGUGAACCAGGGCCCGAGUUUGUCAUGCCCAAGGUUGAGGUCGAGAGUCCAACUGAAGAGGGGGGCAGCGCCUGGUCCUCGUCAACUAUUAAAUCUCCAAAGAGACCAACACCACCACCCGGGCUACGGAAGCGUCUUGGCAUGGUCAAGGAAAGUCCUAGAGUUCGAGGCCGACGACAAAGUAUGAGACAGUCAGGGGAACUGGAACGCCCCGUCCCGAAUGAUGGCAUUCUCGGUUCAGUAUUCUCCUGGAUGCUUGACGUGAUUGGGCUUGCGUUUUGGGCCAUCAAGUAUCCAAUCGGUUUCCUGCUGGCCGUCUAUGUUUUAUCUGGCACCACAAUCAUCGCCAAGAACAUGGUCACCAAGUCGCUCGCAGUGUCUCUUUCACCGCUGUGCCGACUCCCUGGUGUCUCUUACCUGAACGUACCUUUUUGCGGACCCAACAAGUCUGAAGACGACAAGCCCGCAAACGUCGACUUUGACAGCUUGGUCGACGCCCAAAGCCUUCUGGAGCAGGUACUGGAAAGGACCGUGGAAGGCGUCACGCUCCCACUCGACAUCAAGCGUUCCGAAGCCUCCAUUCGCGAUUUGCGCACCAUCGUCCGGCACAGCAACCUCAAGGGGAAGCAAGAGCUCGUUCUUGAAUUUGACGGCUACAUUGACACUGUUCGUUCGGUUGUCCACGAGCUCAGCAGCUUCAACGUCCACGUUGGGUCUACCGUUGACUCGGUCAUCAGCAUGAACCGCUGGACAGCCCGCCAGCUCGACACCUUGGAGGGAGACAAUGUCCUCAAACCUAGGAUUGAGAACAACGACCCCUGGCUCAGCCAAAUGGUUGAGUGGGUUUUGUCUCCUUUCCAACCUGUGGUCUUUACGGAAGACCAUCUGAAGGAUACCUACCUCCGCCACGCCUCCCACGUCCAAGACAGAAUCGCCAGCCUCAUUCUCGAAGCUCAGACCGUCUUGUCGUCUCUUACCAAGGCGGAGGACCACCUUGAAAUCAUCCAUGAGGUCGCCUACCGCAGCACAGAGGAGGUCAAGACCUCGCGUCAAGAUAUCUUGUACACGCUCUGGACUCUGGUCGGGGCGAAUAAUCAGAAACUAAAGGACUUCAAGUCGCAGUUGAGUGUUCUUGGUCAAAUUGAGACGCAGAGGUUAAAGGCGGUGAAGCAGGUUACGGGGCUGGUGUCGGAUCUGAUCAAGAUUCAGGCUGAGAUUCAGGGGUUGAGGGAUGAUGUUUCGGCGGCGGAGCUGGUGCCGAGCGUGCCGUUGAGUGUGCACAUUGCGACGAUUAACAGUGGGGUUGAGAGGUUGGAUAGUGCGCGGGCGAGGUUGAAGGCUAUUGAGGCGGAGAGGGUUAGGGAGGUGGUGGGGCGGGGGAGGGAGGGGGGGGAGAAGUUGAUUGAUAGUAAGAGGUGGUGA